AUGCCCUCAAAGCAGCUCCUUUCUCCGCAGUGGUUUCGACCAGACCCCUGCCCAGCUCCAGGAUUAGGGCCCAGCCUGGGUGGCUCACCUUGGCUAAGUAAGAAGCGAAACCAGACGAUCAACAAGAACAACAGCAAGGCCACGGGCAGGCCGAGCCAGAAGACCAGGAAAGAGAACGUGAGGUCGUUCACCAGCGGCACCAGAGGGUACUUCAUGCCACAACUGCCAAGCCCUUCGGAGGAGAAAGAUGUUCUUGGUCACUGCAGGAGACAAGGACUUGGGAAACUUGGUUUGCUUCAACAAAUAUUUAUUGGGCGCCUACUAUAUGCAAGGCACUGUGGAAUCCCAAAUUACACCUCUUCCCUCACCGUUAUAAAAAAAGAAAAGCAUCUGAAGAACAUGAGUUGA